AUGUUUUCAUUCGGUGUGCUUAUGUAUUCCGCCCUCUCGAUUGCUUCGGGAGAUUCUAUACACUACUUUGAAGUCCUCCAUGCCCUUUCGGUGAGUAUAGUCUUUUAUGAAUGUCUUAUUCGUGUCAAAUUGAUGGGAGAGUGCUUUGAAGAAUUCAUGUAUGAUUCAAUUGAAUUUUUCGGAUGGUCUCCUCAAAUCGUACCUGGCCGUAAGCAUGCCAGGAUCCAAAUGCGUAUGGCUCGCGAGCUCGAAGAAGAGUUGAAACACCGAGAGUUUGAAAAAAGACUAGCGAGGGUUUGUACCAGAUUGGGUGGUAAAAUGGACUGUGAAUUUAUCGAAGCUUGGAUAGCCCGGGAUCUUCAGGACAUAGAUGCUAUUUAUUGGAGGAAAGAACAGGCUGGAUUGGAGCCUUCAGUUGCCGAUGAUGUUGAGAAUAGGAUAUUGGGGACAUAUGGCGAUGUUUUAAGACUUCGAGAUCUCCGUCUGACUGCACUCGAGAAUCUUGAGAAUUAUGGAAUGACCAUAGAAUGA